AUUGUAGUUCCGGCCGCGAGUCGCGACUUUCGACGCGUAUAUUUUACCAGCUCUUCACGUCCGCGUCUGUUGUAUUUUAUUUAAUUCUCUAAUCCUUUGUUUCUGACGUAACUCACUAGAUGUCAUGGUUCUAUUAGUCAUUCAUGAAUCAUGAGAGAUAGCAUAUUGAUAAUAUAUCAAAUAACAAAAUCAUGUUGAUAAGUGAUAACAUAUAAAAAUUAUUUUCGGCUAUGGAGGUAUUAUGUAUGAUUCAUACUAAAUAGAUAUUUAUCUUUCAUUUACUGAACAACAUUAUUACUGUGAAGUGUGUCGUAUCAACUGGAGUGUAGUGUUGUGUUUAUAAAAUAUAAUAAUGACGGAUAUUCUCCAUAAUGUUGUGCCAGUUACAGAAAGUUCUUCGGAUAUCAAUAAAAAUCGACGGAGAUCAAUCAGUAACUUUAUCGAGCUACCGUUGCUUCUUGUUAUGGUCUCGCUGUCUAUAGCAGGAUGUGCCGUAAGCAACAUAAUGCUGUACAGGACAUGUGUCAACGCUCUUCACUAUUCCAAAGAAGAGUGUGAGCCUUAUUUAUCUCCUGUAAAGAAUAAUGAGACGAUACACUUGGAGGCAUCUGUCCAAGGAUAUUAUACUUAUGUGUCGACUGUCAAAUCCAUUUUGGAGUCUGUUAUACCGAUGGUACUGUCACUUUUUCUUGGCGCUUGGUCCGACACAUAUGGAAGAAAACCUCUUAUAAUAUGGCCGAUUUUUGGUUUUGUAGCGACCGGUAUGUUGAUAGUAAUCUACAGUUUGGUCGAGAGCCUGGGGCCGUGGUGGUACAUCUUGACUUCGGUGCCAUUCGCCAUGACAGGUGGUUACGUCAUACUGUUUACUGGGGCAUAUUGCUAUAUGAGCGACAUCAGCUCCUUGGAAACUAUAUCUCUCAGAAUGACAAUGAUCGACGCCACCAUCUCGAGCGGGACGGUAAUCGGGUCCAUACUCAGCUCGUAUCUGAUAUUGUACCUUGGAAAUGUGAACACACUUCUUAUUUGUGUGACAUUAAUCGUAACAGCUUAUGUGAUUACUCGUUUAUGCAUUGAGGAAUCUUUGACUGGAGCUUUACAAGGUGGAGCUUCAAAAGUUUUGGAUCUAUUACUAGUAAAAGACAUGUUUCGAGAGUCGUUUAAGAAACGCCCAAAUUACGGCAGAACGUUGAUUUUAUUGAUUGCGAUGAUAAAAAUGCUUCUCAUCAUUAUCAACUUUGGAUUAGGAUCUUUGGAAUAUCUGUUCACUAGACAGAAACUAAAUUGGUCGCUACAACAUUACACAACAUAUUCCGCCGUCACAACCACUAUUUCAUUCUUCGGUUCUUUCUUCGGAGUUAUGAUUGUCCAAAAAUUAUUAAGAAUUGGUGAUAUACAAUUCACAAUAAUUGCAGUCAUGUCUACUAUUGGAGAGUACAUUGUCAAGACAUGUGCUGUUGCUGGAUGGUAUAUGUAUCUAGGUGCCGUCGUAUCUGUUUUUAGAGGCCUGCCCGGACCACUGACGAGGUCUUUCUUAAGUAAGAUACUGCCUGUUCAAGAUAUAGCAAAGAUUUUUGCUCUAUUAUGUGUAUUCGAAGGGUCGGCACCAGUACUGUCUCCUCUCAUCUAUAAUUCAUUAUAUUCAGCGACAGUCGCGAGAAUGCCUGCAGCCAUAUAUCUAUUGAGUAUCGGACUUGCAGGGGCAAGUGUGGUCAUGCUUGGAUUUGUUCAAUAUUACUUCAGGAAAGGACUGAGAUACGAAACCUUGCACGAAUCUUUGUGAUACAUUAUACCGAAGAUAGGUACUUAAUGUACGCUGGCCAUAACUGUAUGGUAUAUGAAGGACGCAUUACUCUCAAAUGUACCUAACGAUUUAAGAAAAUUUGUGAUGUUAAUUGUUAUAACUACUACAGUAGAUAAUUAUUUUAAAUGAAUCUAUAGGUUAUAUAAUCUUAAAAAUAUAAUAUAUAGAUAUAUUAAUAGGACAUAAGUAUUUUGUAGUUUAUAAGCUCUAGUAUUUUUAACGUACAUAUUAAUUCAUAGAGGGUAGAUUUUAAUGAGUUCUAUGAGUUUGACCAGCCUACUAGUAUCUUACAUAGGGGAGAAUUAUCGAAAUAGAAGUUGCCCAAAGAAAACUAGAAAGGAUUACGAUGAAAGAUCGCAAGAUGCCUGACUUAGAGAGCAAAGAAAUGGCAAGUCUCAAGUGACAGUCCGCGGGGCAAAGCCCGGAAACAAAAGUUCUUUUGCUCGUAUUGAAAUAGAGGCCUUGGGGCAAACCACAGAUGCAUUGCAAGGAUGACGUAAAAAUCUGCAGAGAUGAACUGGGUGUAGCGCAAUACCGAGCUAAUAUCGCAAUCUGAACACCUACUAUUUCACAAGGCGUAGCCGAGGGAAUCAAUAAAUACGAAUAAGAGAUACGCUCUUUUCCCCGAGUGACUUCAGAUAACUAUGCGUUCAAUUGAUACUGAUCCUAAAUCUACUUUCGUAAGCGUAGGUUGUGAAAUUGCUCCGUGACCAGCGGGCCUACCAUGAACUGUUAUUGUGAUUCAAUUGACGACCUAAAAUGAACUGCUUUGCUAUUUCAUACCACGACGUCAUUAAAUCUAUUCAAUUUAGGUUGACGUCGUAUCAAGUCGGAAAUUGAAUCGCAAACUGUUUUAGUACGUUCAUUCAUUCGUACCGUAACACUUCAACCUAAACUGGAUAGCUUAUGUGUCAAAGUGAUUCAAAAAAAGUUUCUACUGUCGAAGCGGAAAGUGAAUCGUUUUGUUAAUAACUUUUAAAAAAUAGUGAAAACAUACAGAAAAGAAAACUGGAAUUGAUGUAAGAUGAGAUCAGAAUACUUUAAUUGUCUUUUUUUUUAUAACAAAAUACUGAAAAUGAUAAUACUAAAGACAAUUAUUAGCCUGUUCGCACGAAAGAAUUAAAAAAAAUGUACUCUGUGCUCCUGUCAAAUCAAACAUGAAUGGAGGUGCGUUCUUAACUCGUUUCAGUUUAUUUCAAUGACGUUCUAUACAUAUAGACAAUGCACCUCAUACAAAAUCAAAGCCGAAAUAUGGCACAUGCCACAAAUGUCAAUAGGCAGAAAUGUAAACACCUUUUCAGCUUCAGCUGCGUAUUUUGAAUUAAGAACCCGAUUUGGACAGUGAGAUCAGUGGAGUGGCAGUAAGGUAUUUUUUUAAACACAGACGAAAAGACGGUUGCUAUAAAUUUUACGUUCGUCAGACUGUCCCUAUUUUCCGAUUAAGAUCUCUUCAUUCGGAGGUUUUUUACGAUUUCAAGCAAAAAUCACACUCAUUAAAUAAAGGGUAUUUGUUUCUUCUUUACAUUCUGAUGGGAUUUGGAUUUAAUAAGUUAACCUUUAAUGGGAGAAACUAAUACUCAAAUUUAAUAUGAUUAUUUAUUAUUUGUCUAUUAUUAUUUGUCUUUUAGACUUAGAUAUCUUUUUGGUAUAUGUAGUUUACUUUUUGGUAAUUUUAAGUUGAUUAAAUCCAAUAAAGAAGACGGGGAUUUCUGGGCCAAAAUGUAAUAAGUUGAGAUAUGGUUUAAAAAUAUUGUCAUAUCAAAUCUUAAAAUUAAGUUUCCACUAUCUUAAAAUUCACGAUUAAAAUGGGAUAUCAAUUACUAUAAUCGAUUAAUGUGAAUGAGUUUAUACAAUUCAGCCCAAAACCACUUGCAACAGAUGAUUGAUUCAAUAAAAUUACCUUACUAAAUACGUUAUAAUUAACAUUACAUAAUGUCUUUUGUUAAAAAAAAUAAAUAUCAACUUAAUAUUAUAAAGAAAUCGAUCGAAGAAAAAGUCGAUUCUGAAUCUCGUUUUGUAUUUUUUAUCUAUGCUGACAUUGACAGCCACAGAAUUGUCUAGAACGGCAAUCACUCGUUUCAUAACUACGCAAUUUGUCAUUUGAGUGUUUCCCGUUGUUUUAUUGAUAUUUUCCUUCUUUCUAUGUGACUUCUAAUAUUGCUAAACUUAUAGAAUCAUUAUCAUACAACAAAAUAACAAUCGCAUUUAAAAAAUCAGCUGUUUUAAUUUAGGUUGUUGCCCAUAUAUUGCAUAACCUCAAUUUUACAAAACCUCCUAUAACUCAGCUUUCAGAUUGCCCAAAAUCCUCAAAUUUUCAGUGAUGCUUUUUUAAAUUUAUAAGCUAUUUAUUGACACUUAUUUCAUUCCUUUACAUCUUGGCCCAAUAAGGUAUCCGUCUCCUUUAAAUCCUUUACUACUGAAAUAUAAAUAUGCUUAUUUGGUUUUUAAAUUUCUUCAUAUCUCUAUCUUGCUACCAACUGGGACCAAAUCUCUUUCCUUAUCUCGUGUACGGGAAAGCUGAAAAAUAAUAGCUUUUACAUAUUUGCGAUGUAAAUAAGUAUCAAUUAUCACUAGGUAACGAUACUUCCGUGAUAACGUGUAAAUAGCACUAGUAUGUAAGUGUUCACGUUCUUUUAAGCCGUUCACAUAACACAAAAUACAAUAAUGCUACUCAUUGUUCACUAGCCCCCUUAUUUAUAAUAGUCUGCUAACGCAUUGCUAAUUGUCACUCUGUAUGCUUCUAUUGACCUAAGUCAGAAUGACAUAUAACACUCUGUAGAAGCUGUUUUAAGUUAGUGGACCAUUAUGAAUAAGGGGGUAGGCUUUUAAAAAAUAUGUAACAAAAAACACAACCGACUUCGAAAACACUAUUCCAAAACAAUAGAUAUAAUAUACACUAAAAAGUAUAAAAAUAAUUGCGUAUUUUUAUACAAUCUAAUUAAUUAAUGUAAUUCUAGUUUAGAUUAUUGUUAUUUUGGAAUCGGUGUCCCCCCACCGCGACCCUGCUCUCGCCUCUCACCUACACAUACUUUUUAGAGCUCAUUAUAUCUAUUUUUUUGGAAUAGUGUUUUUGAAAUCACUUAUUUAUUGAUAAUUUUGUUUAAUAUUUAGGUUUUUAGUAAAUCUGAAUUACAGUAACUUAUAAUUUGUCUGAAUUUGUGUAGAUCUACUAAAUUUUGCAAUGCAGCAAUGAACGUAAGCGCAUUUUCAAUUUUACUACACACAGUUCUGCCACAGAUUGCACCCUUACUGUAAGUCGUUAAGAAGUUCCAUUGAUCAUCAUAUUUUACUACGACAAUUACUUGACCAUAACGACGUUACGGUAGGUGACUUAAAUAUCCGGAUAGCAAAUAGCAAAAGAUACGGCCUAGUAUCGUUAAUUUGCUCCUAAGAAUUGAAGAGUUCCGUUACUUUGUCAUGGAUCCCAUAUGCAGAACCUAACCAUAUGCAGAAUCUACCUACAGAAACUACCUUUGAAGUAUCCUUUCCAAUAACAAAAGAAUUUCAAAAUCGGUUCACCAGCCUUCAAAUAAAAAAAGAAUUAUCAAAAUCGGUUCAUCCAGUCGAAAGUUCUGAGGUAACAAACAUAAAAUAAACAUACCGACGAAUUGAAACUGUCAUGUAAUUUCCUGAUGUCUUCCUUAUAUUAACCUUCUAUUAAAUUUUCUAAGCCCUACUCUUUCUCUCAAUCUUAGAGCUUAAGAAAAGAACCUCCUCCUUUUUUGAAGUCGGUUAAAAAGAGCGACUCUAUUGUUUUCAUUUCUGACUGUGUCAUUUCAUCUGUCCCAUCUGUUUAUUAAAUUACUUACGUUUUUUGCAUAUCAAUCUUAAAUAAAUAAAAUAACCUUACCGAUGAUAAGUCACACCAUCUUUUUUUUGAGUCGUUAUUGUAUUAUUUAAGCACUUCUUGUAGCACACUUAGGCCUGUUGAUUGACAUACGACUAAGGAGAAAAGUGUGCUUACAUUUAUUUAAGCACACUUUUGCCGUUCCGUUAUCAGACUGCUAAUGAUAUGUCCAUAUGUAUAGAACGUCAUUAUUGGUUUAUUUUUACGAAAACAACUAAGCUAAAUAUUUAAUUUGUAAUUCAAAGAACUAUAGAUAUAUAUGUAAUACUAUUAUUUAAUAAGUACUAAAAAGGGCUUAAUGGUUUAUAAUUUGACGCUAUAAAACGCAAUUUCAAAAUGUAUUUGUUGUAAUUUCUACACAAAAAACCACUAUAAUAUAUAAUUUUAGGUUUCGAUACGCACCGCAUAUGGUUCGAGUAAGGGAGACAGACUUAUGCAACGACUCUACAGCGUCAUCUCUUUCUCACACCCCGGACCACAGACAAAUUUCUUUCGUUCAUUCUUCCAUAUGCGAUUCAAACGCCAUUCACGUUGAGUGUUGGCACUUCAUGGUACGAAUCUUAGCGAUUCAGUUUAGGUACCUAAACUGAAUUCCAUUGGAAUUGAAUCGCUAAUUAAAAGUUGAUGGUAGACCUUUAAGACUGGUAUAUACCUACACGAUACCUGUAUCUUGUAAACAUCCAGUGGGAGGCUCCUUUUCAUAGGAAGUCGGCUAGAUUAUGGGGACCACAACGGCGCCUAUUUCUGCAGUGAAGCAGUAAUGUGUAAACAUUACUGUGUUUUGGUCUAAAGGGCGCCGUAGCUAGUGAAAUGACUGGAAAAAUUAGACUUAAUAUCUUAUAUCUCAAGGUGACGAGCGCAAUUAUAGUGCCGCUCAGAAUUUUUGUGUUUUUCAAGUAUCCUGAGCGGCACUGCAUUGUAAUGCAUAGGGAACCAUCAGCUGAACGUCAUGCUCGUCUCGACCCUUAUUUUCAUAAAAAAACAUAUUUUCAAGAUAGAUACCUACAUAAAGUACUUAGAUAGAUCCAGUUUAGUUUGACCUAGUUUCUGUAUAUUGAAUCAUAAAUGAGACAGAGCUGUCACGGAUAUGUAAAGCCCGUUCACGGAGUCUGCUUGAGUCGACUAAGCGAGCACAAUCACUCAGAGUUAUUUAUACACAGUUAUUAGUUACCUUACUAAUAAAUAACUAAUAGGUAAGUGACAAUUUACGUAUUUUUCGAUUUACACAGGUAUAGUCCUGUCUUAACGAAAGGUAUUAUCAAUCCCAAUGAUGUAAUCAUUAACAUAGUAAUAUGUUGCUGUGAUUUAGUUUAAAUGAAUUAUUUAUAUCAAAAUAAACAUAGUAUAAAUC